GCGCCGCCAACGCCAGCGCCACACUCGAUUCGACUGGGGCUAAUGGAGGCCACUUGCGUUGCUUAGAUAGCGGCGACAACCAACGAUCAGUGCUUAUAUAUACAAUUUUGGCAUCAUCAUGGUGAAACUGCACGUCAAACACAGAGAUGAAAGUCAGUUCUUAUAUGAUACCACUGUCAACACAACAGUUGAUGACCUGAUCAAGGAAUUAGUCAUUAUCUAUAAUGGAAGGCUCAAGAUUGGCAGAUUAUGUCAAGAGAUGAAGGAGCUAUCUGAACACGGUAUCAGCUUACCACCUAACAUGCAAGGACUAACUGAGGAACAGAUAGAGGAACUCAAAUUGAAGGAUGAGUGGGAAGCCAAAUGUGUACCAAGUGGUGGAGCUAUAUUUAGCAAGGAUCCAAUUGGCAGGAGGAAUGGUUAUGCUUGUAAUGAAAAGAUGAAGGAAGUAAUCUCCAAGACAAUAAGUGAGGCAACUAAAGCUGUAUCCAAGGAUCUUGUAAAGAGCAAUAUGUACUUGACAGAGCAGACAGUGAAAGAUUCAUUGGAUCAGUUGAGAGGAGCUGUAAUGAUAGUGUAUCCCAUGGGACUACCACCACAUGAUCCUAUCAGAAUGGAGUUUGAGAAUAAAGAAGAGUUAGCUGGUACUCAGGCAUCUCUUGAUGUACUCGAAGAGGCUAAUGCUUGCUUAUGGUUCUCAGGAAAAGAAAUGCAACGAGGAAAGAAGCUCUUGGAUAUUGUAGGGAAGAAUGAAAAGACAAAGAUUAUUGUCAAGAUACAAAAGAAGGGACAAGGGGCUCCUGGUAGAGAACCAGUCUUCAGUCAGGAUGAACAGAAAGAAAUGAUGGCUUAUGCUUACAGGAAACAGGAAGAAAUGAAGAAACUAGAGACUGAAAUGGAUGAUUCUCAUCUUGGGGCUGAAUGGGCAGAUCCAAAUAGCUUGAAGCGACAGUUCCAUGGACUACGAGAUGUGAAAUGGGGAGGCACACGCUGACGGCUCUGGGUGACAUCAGUAAUGUAAAUAUCCAUGUAAAUAUCCACGUUUCAGGAGGAAUGAAUCACUUUGUCUCACAGGCAGGUAACAUUCCCUCUGGUUUUAUGAAAAGUGAACAUUGACUUUCAAAUUACAUUGUAAAUACUACAAUGAUAUCUAAAAUUCUUCCAAUUCCCAAUAUGGCAUGCAUGUACAUUAGUAAAAAGUGGGAAAUUCCCAUGUGUAUUUGCCAUAUACUGAGCCCAUAUUGCAGUUGCCAAAUGACUAAUGAAUCAGUGCUAAUCAAUCAAAGCACUGACUUCAUUGAAUCAGCUUUUUCAAUGAAGAUCAUCUUUUCAUUUGACAUGUAAACAGCACAUACACUGUACAUAGGUGAAAUAAUUCACCUGAGAAUUAUGAAAAAAUAAAAAUACAAAUCGAGUGAAGGAGACAUACACUGAGAUACACUGUAUUUUAUUUACAGUCCUAAACUAUAAUAUAAAUAUCUGUAUGUACAAUGGAAGCAUAGAAUUUGUCAAGUGAAAAUGACUGACUAACGAUGCACAAAUAACUUACACAGACAAUCACCUCUGUUUGCCUUGUACAUAACACCUUUUUGCACCUGUGAAAUUAUUUUAUGCAUACAUUUUUAACAAUAUGGCUAUUUCUUUUUACAUGCACAGGUAUGAAUCUAAAAUUAAUUAGAAAGGAUCAUAAAUAAUGAAUCAUUUAUUGUCUCAGUAAAAACGCCAAGGCAAAGAAAGUGGAUAUGUUACAUUGAAUAGAAUCACUUCAAAAGCUGGUAUUAAAAUGAAUACCAAAAUACCAGCAGCAUACCACCACAAUCUAUGAUGCUCCAGCGUUUGUUUUGAACAUUCCUUACAGUUUCACAAAUAACACCACGUCCGUUACGAGAUUUAUUUCCUUCAAGUUGAGCAACACUUAAGUAACAACUGUUUGAUGCCCACAUAAAUAUAUACAUGUACACACCUCCUUGCUGAUGAAUGUAUACAUGUUCCCAUUUCCAAUGGCUUAUUGCCAUGAUCGUAUAUAUUUCCCUAAUUAGUAGUAUGCAUAAAUUAUGGAUUGGCAAAUAUUAAUAAUGAGGUAGGAAUUUAACCAAAAACUAACAUUAAAUUUAAGGACAGCUUGCCAUACAAAAGCAUGCAUUAUUAUACCUAAUGAAAAAAUACCCAGAUUUGUGAAUUAUACAGUUGUUCAACACUGCCCAACAAAAAAUCAGGCCAAGGUAUUGAGCAAUUCCAAACUGUUACUACAUAAGUAGCCCUACCCUGAUAGGUUCAGCUGUAGCUACUAUAUUUAAUGCUGGAAUACAUGUGGGUAAUUCCAGAAAUUAGGGGUCCCAUUUUUUUGUGUCCCUGUCACAUUUGACAUAUGAUUUUGUAAGCU